UGGGCUACAAGACCCUGGCUCUGGGGCUCAUCAACAUGGCCGAGGUGAUGCAGCAUCCCAGCGAGGGGGGGCAGGUCCUGGGUCUCCAUAGCAACAUGAAGGAAGCGUCGGUGGUGGUGGCGGAGGUCCGGAUCUACUCGCUGUCCAGCCAGCCCAUUGACCACGAGGGGCCCAAGCUCAAGAUGUCAGAUCGAUCGCCCGACAUCGAUAAUUACUCCGAGGAUGAAGACGACAGUUUCUCCUCCGAGCAGGAAGUCAGCGAUGAUCCGAUACACGGCAGGUAA